AUGGCUGACCCCUACCAAAACAACAUGUACCAACAACGAGGGAAUGACAGCUACGGGACCUACGGAGAAGGUGGCGGUGAUGGAUAUGGUUACCAGGGAGACUACCCGCCCCAGGAAGAGGACGCAGCGAGCGAUGUGACCGAAGGACACGAUGAAGAGGAUCAGAUGUACGAAGGAGAAUAUCAAGGGAUACCACAUCCUGAUGAGGUGAAGGCUGCACAGAGAGCUGCACGUAUGUGUCCCAGGGCUAAAGCUCGAGCAGCCAGAGAUACAGUCUCUGAGCUAGAAGAGUUAUCUGAACAAUACCAGGACAUCAUGGAGGACUGUGGCCACGGGAAGUUCCAGUGGAUGCUCUUCAUGGUGCUGGGCCUGGCUUUAAUGGCCGAUGGAGUCGAAUGUUUUGUGGUUGCUUUUGUUCUACCAUCUGCAGAAAAGGAUCUGUGUUUGUCCAAUGCAGAGAAGGGAAUGUUGGGCCUGAUCGUCUUUGUGAGCAUGAUGGUGGGAGCUUUCUUGUGGGGCGGCCUGGCAGACAAAGUUGGCCGUCGGCGCUGUCUGAUUGUGGCAUUAGCCAUAAACUGUGUCUUUGCCUUCCUGUCGUCAUUCGCCCAAGGCUACGGCUUCUUCCUCUUCUUCAGGCUUCUGUCUGGCAUCGGCAUCGGUGGCAGUGUGCCGAUCGUGUACUCGUACUUCUCAGAGUUUCUUCAGAUGGACAAGAGAGGAGAGCAUCUGUCCUGGCUGUGCAUGUUCUGGAUGAUUGGUGGGAUCUACGCUUCGUUCACUGCCUGGGGCAUCAUACCCAGAUAUGGCUGGGGGUUCAGUAUGGGCACAGAGUUCCAGUUCCACAGCUGGCGGGUGUUUGUCCUGGUCGCGGCUCUUCCUGCGAUCACGUCUCUGGUUGGACUCACCUUCAUGCCUGAGAGCCCUCGCUUCCUGCUGGAGAAUGGCAAGCAUGAUGAGGCAUGGAUGAUCCUGAAGCAGGUCCAUGACACCAACUGGAGGGCCAAGGGACAGCCAGAAAAAGUCUUCACUGUGACUCACAUCAAGACUCCUAAGACAGCAGAGGAUGAGUUUACUGAAAUUCAGAGCGCCACAGGAACGGCUCUACAACGAUGGGCUGUACGCUCGCUAACACUCUGUAAACUGGUGCUGAAGAACGUGGCGUCUCUCCUGUCUGUAGAGCUGCGGUUUGCUACACUCUUCAUGGCCAUCAUCUGGUUCUGCAUGGCUUUCAGUUACUAUGGUCUGUCUGUUUGGUUCCCUGACAUGAUCAAACACCUGCAGUAUGAGGAGUACAAGUCCAAGGUCAUGGUGUUCCACAGAGAACGAGUGAAGAACGCCCAUUUUAACUUUUCUUUAACGAACCAGAUCCACAGAGAAGGAGAAUACAUCCAUGACACGUUCAUCAAUAUAGAGAUGAAGUCAGUGAAGUUUGAGGACUCACUGUUUGAAGACUGUCACUUUGAGGACAUCAGGUCCACAGACACAGUGUUUGAGAACUGCACCAUGCGCUCCACUGUCUUCUAUAACACAGACCUGUGGGAGGAGAAGUUCAUCAACUGUAGGAUGGAGAACACCACCUUUGAGCACAACAAACAGGGCUGCCACCUGGAUGAUGCGGAGGAGAACGACAUUCUCAUUUACCUGGUCAGCUUCCUGGGCAGUCUGGCCGUGUUGCCAGGCAACAUAAUCUCAGCUCUCUUCAUGGAGAAGAUUGGCAGGGUUAAGAUCAUAGGUGGCUCCAUGCUCAUUUCAGCAGGCUGUACCUUCUUCCUGUUCCUGAGCUUCAGCCAGUCAGCGAUCAUUGCCCUUCAGUGUCUGUUCUGCGGCGUCAGUGCCGCUGCGUGGAAUGGCAUCGAGGUGGUGACCGUGGAGCUGUACCCUGCUUCUAAAAGGGCCACAGCAUUUGGCGUGCUGAACGCUCUGUGUAAGCUGGCAGCCGUCCUCGGCAGCACCAUCUUCGCCAGCUUUGUGGGCAUCACCAAAGCCGUCCCCAUCCUGCUGUCUUUCGCUGCGCUGGUGUGCGGUGGCCUGUUGGCUCUCAGACUACCUGACACGCGGGAGAAAAUCCUCCAGUGA